AUGUCAAGUUCUCCCCAGUUCAGCUACGCGGAUGCAUUUGGGAUUGAUUCCCUCGGAGCACCGAUCCUCUUCGCCGUGCUGUACGCUCUAUGUGUUGGGGCUUUUGCAUUCAAAGCUCUUCGGAACCCCACAUUUGUCUUAUUCGUCCUGACACUUUUCUGCGCAAUCCGAGUUGCCGCUUUCGCCAUUCGAGCUGCCAUGGCUGGAUCAGCGUCGUCCGGACGUAGCCUAGGUUUAUAUAUCACUGAACAGGUUUUGUUUGGCGCUGGCUUCGCCGGUUUGCUAUAUUCAGCUUAUAUUCUGGUCCUCGACCGAGAACAGGCAUCCAUUGCAGAUAUACCCCAAGGCCCGAUAUCUCGUAUCACGAGAAAUAGACGGCUGUUUCAUCUCGUACUUGCCGUCGGUGUGGCUUUGGGCAUCGCUGGAUCAACGCAGGGCACCUCGCCUGAUAGCUCGCAGAGUCAGAGAGAUUUAGGUCACACGCUGAGGAUCGCCGGCGCGAUAAUACCAGCAGUGUUGACUUUGCUCCAAGCAUAUAGAACCCUCUUGUUCUCAAUUGCGGAGCACGAAGCGCACGAGGAUAGCGAUACCAGGCUCAAAGCAACACACGGAAAUUGGGUCCUAUGCAUUAUAUCUAUCUUACUCCUCGUCAGGGAAGCGUAUUCAGUAGCAGCAAUCGCUCGCCAGUCACUCCAAUACAAAGAAGCCCUGUGGUACCCACUACUUGCGCUCCCCGAAAUCCUCGCUGUUUUUUUGUACGCCACACCGGGGUUAGUCCCUUCACGCGCACAGCUAAACCAAAGGUCAAGGGGAGGGGAUAUGGAGUUAUUGAAGUCUGACCACACAUACCACGGCUAG